AGUUAGUCAAACAGGUACACGUCGCGUUGGUUAUUGUUACUCGUGUAAAAAAAAGAAAGAAAGAGAGGGAGAGAGAAAGAAGACAAUUAAGAAAUAAUACCCGUAUAAAGAAUCGAAAUGGCUAUUGGAAUUUUAUUGAUUUCGGCUGCUACAAUUGUUGCUUUGGGCAAUGCUGCUUCCAUUGGCAGUACGAACAGCAAGGUCACGGACGAUUGUACCAGCAAGAUUUAUUGCGAAGGGCCACUUUUGCAAACCGUACAGUUAGCUGAAAUCUUCAAUGACAGUAAAACAUUCGUCGACUUGUUUCAGAAAAACGAUCCUCAAAUUACACUUAUCAACUUCAAUAAAUUAAUGGCAGCAACUAAUAAUCAACCAAAUCGUACACAAGUAAAUCAAUUCGUUUUGGAUAAUUUUUCAACGGAAAGCGAACUUGAUAACUAUACUUUACCGGAUUGGCAAGAAAAUCCUCCGAUAUUAAAAACCAUUGAAGAUCCCAAUUUGCAAAAGUGGGCGAAAGAAUUGAACGACAUAUGGAAAAAAUUGGCGAGGAAGAUAAAACCGAUGGUGUUGGAACAUCCGGAAAGGCAUAGUCUCAUUUAUGUGGAUAAACCAUUCGUAGUGCCGGGUGGUCGAUUUAAAGAAUUUUACUACUGGGACAGUUAUUGGGUAAUCGAAGGAUUAUUGAUAUGUGGAAUGACUGACACUGCUAGAGGAAUGAUUGACAACUUUUUAUCGAUGGUUGAAAGAUUCGGAUUUAUACCAAAUGGUGGCCGCGUUUAUUAUCUCAUGAGAAGUCAUCCACCAUUAUUAAUUCCCAUGGUCAAGUUGUAUUUAGAGUAUACGCAAGAUUACGAAUAUUUGAAGAAAAUUAUCGGAACCUUGGAAAAGGAAUUCGAUUAUUGGGUUAAGUACAAGAUGAUCGAUGUUGAUAAAAAUGGAAAAACUUAUAGAAUGGCUCAUUACGUAGUUAACAGCCCAAGGCCACGGCCAGAAAGUUAUAAGGAAGACUAUUAUUUGGGUCAGAAAUUUUUCGACGUCGAUAAACAGGCAUCAUUUUACAAUGAUUUGAAAGCUGGCGCUGAAAGUGGUUGGGAUUUUUCAGGAAGAUGGUUUAUCGGAUCGGACGGUCAAUUGUCAAACAAUUUGAUCGAUAUUAAUACGCAAAAUAUAAUACCCGUUGAUUUGAAUAGUUUUCUUCAACAAAAUGCACGUACUAUGGUUAAAUUUUGUAGAAAAACGAAAAACGAACAAAAAAUCUCAUAUUACGUGCACAUGGCGAAGAAAUUACAAGAAGGUAUAGACGAGGUAUUGUGGAACAACGAGUUUAAUGUUUGGAUGGAUUACGAUUUAAAAAAUCAACGACAUAGAACAUCAUUUUAUCCGACAAAUUUGGCACCGUUGUAUACCCUAAGUUACGAUGCUAAUAAUGUUAAAGAAAUCGCACUUGGUGUUGUAUCUUAUUUGAAGAAAACAGGAAUCCCUACCUACUUCGGCGGAACUCCUGCAUCGCUAAAUCAAACUGGUGAACAAUGGGAUUUCCCAAACGCAUGGCCACCCCUACAAUCUAUAAUGAUCCAAGGAUUAUAUCGAACUCAAGUCACUGAAGCUGUUCAAUUCAGUUCGCAUCUUGCUCGUAGAUGGCUGGAAUCUAAUUACAUUGGCUUUGAAGCUACAGGAAAAAUGUUCGAAAAGUAUGAUGCUACUUCACCGGGAAAAGGUGGCGGUGGUGGUGAAUAUAACGUUCAAGAAGGUUUCGGAUGGACUAACGGCAUUGUUUUUGAAUUCUUAAAAACAUUUCCGGAUAUGAAAAUGAGCAAUAAUGUUAACAACGGCGAACCAAGUGUCGUUGACGUUAAUAAUAACGCGUACGAUCACAACGACGUUAAAUAAUGAUCCAGGAUUACAGGAUACCGUGCCAAACGUGAUUUUGCCAAUGAAUCUAGUCCAUAAGCAAAAUAGGACAGCAAAGUUACCAAAUUAAAUUUUAAAAACUUUAUUCUAUAUAUUAUAUUAUAUUAUUAUCUUAUAUUGUCUUUACACUGUCUAAAACAAAGUAUUGCAAGCCUCGCAUCGGUAUGUUGUGUUAUGUAUGCGUGAAUAAGUAUAAAAGAUAAGUACAGUUGAAGAAAUAGUGUGGAAGGUUCUAACGUCAGUAAAUAGUGUAUAUGUGUGUGUGUGGUUGUGUAUGUAAUUAACAGCCGAGAAAAGUAUUGAAGAUUCUCGAGCUUACACUAAAUUGUGUUAUAUUUUGCGUGAUGCAAUGUGCAUUUAUCUACUAGGAAUGUAUAUAUUUUGUACUUAUAUUUUGUUCAAAUCAAUACUUGAACACAAAUUGUAUAAUAUAUGUACAUAUAUAUAUAUGUAGAUUACAUAUCCCAUAUAAUUAUAUACAUAUGUAAUAAAUUAACUAUAAUUACACACUUAGGAGAAUAAAAUAUAAUUUAUUUUACUGUAAUAUAUAUAUAUUAUGCAUUAUCAACGUAAC